AUGGUGUCAUCGUCAUCCAGACGCCGGAAAGAAGCAUACGUCGAGAUGGACAGGGAGGAGCACCAAGAUUACCACCAUGGAGGCCCAUCAGAAGAUUCCAACACGCCCGACGGCCGUGUCGAAACGGUCCUGAUCGGCCUCUCGGGCCCGUCGUCAAGCGGCAAGACGACCCUGGCGAGACUGUUGCGCGAGAUCUUCAACCUGGAGAACGACGGGUGGAAGAUUAGUUUGUUUAUUCUGCAUCAGGAUGACUUUUAUAAGACGGACCAGGAAAUCCCGACCGUCACCGUCUCAUCCAAGGAUUUCGGCGCGCGCGAACUCCAGGACUGGGACUGCAUCGACUCCCUGGACCUCGCGCUGUUCGAACACACCCUCACACACAUCCGCGACCACGGCGAUCUGCCGCCGGACAGCGUGUCGAAGGAGGACCAGAACAGCGUCGGGAACAGCGGGGUUUCUGCCGCGGAGGUGGCUGAGCAAAGAGAGAGAGCCAGGGCAAGGAUAGACGAGUUGUUCCGCCGACGAGGAGAUGGCGGGGGGACGACAGGGGAAGCAUCUUCUCGAACGGGCGGGGAGAUACGCAUCUACAUCGUCGAAGGAUUCCUCCUGUACCCUCAGCAGCAGCCGUCGUCCUCUUCAGCCCCGUCUUCCGACUACCCUCACUCCACGGCCGGGAUAAACCACCUGCGCCAUCUCGUCCACACGCUGCUCCACCCGCUCUUAUUCCUCCCCUCGACGCGCACGCAGACCCUCGCCCGCCGCGCCGCCCGCUCCGGCUACGUCACCCUCGAGGGCUUCUGGACCGACCCGCCGGGCUACGUCGAGGAUCUCGUCUGGCCCAACUACAUGCGCUACCACGGCUGGAUGUACAAGGAUGGAAACGUCGACGCCGAUGUCUUUGACGAGGAGAGCUGUCAGAGGGAAGGCGUGAGCAUCUGUCCCGGCGCGGGGUCCUGGAGCAUGAAGGAGGUACUUGAAUGGGGGGUCCAGAGGGUGGAAGAAGUCGUCCAACAGCGCAUGAAGAUGUAA